AAGCAGGCGCCCCAGCGAUGGCUGCCCAAGCGGCGACAUCAGGUUCGAGAGGGAGCAAAAGCGGGUUGGGUCACUGAGGCUAAAGGGCGCGUUGGACCAGGUCUGGAAUGGUCAGAUGGGCUGAAUGGAAAGCGAAAAGCAAUGAAGCAAGCCUCGGGAAGGGCUGUAUACAGGGAGUAG